AUGCCGCCUUCCUCCGACCCCUUCGACGACUAUGACGACCUCGAUUUCGACCCCGCGACGCUCAAGGAGAUUGAGGCGCUCGAGAAACGCGCAAGCUCGGUGUCGGCUACCCAAUCCAAGAAAUACCACCACACGGUAGCGAAACCGGCCAAGCCGCGACCCGCACCAGCUACUAAGCCUGCACCCCGACCGAUUAACACGAACCCGCGAGUAUCAGGAUGCGGCAUGGGUUGGGAGCCGGGAGGCAAGCAUGCCACAAAGUAUGCUCCCCCGCCGCUCGUCAGUCAACGCAUAGAGGAGGAGUCUUUACCGGUCGACGUUGUCGUGGACGAGCAUGGGCGCUACUCCGCAGCGUCGCAGGGUGAGGUCAUCGACCAAAGGACCCGUCCGGAGAUUCGCCAAAUGGUCGAGAACGCCGCCCGCUCAGCAGCCCCGCCGCCGUUACCAGGUUCUCAAGCACGAAGAGAAGCGAUCUUCAGUGCCAUGGCUGAGGCUGGCCCCGGACCGACGACCGCCAACUCGAGGCAGUUCCAGCGAUCUAACAGUUCGUCUGCCGUACCAUCAGCAACGGCUAAAGUCGGUAGCAGCCGUACCUUGUCUCGCUCCGUCUCUACCGGCUCGAAUGUGUUCAACCGUCCGCCGCCCUCGAAGACCGCACUGCAGCCAGCCCUUCCGCCGAUAACCGCCUCACAAAGCAGCUCGCAGGGUGCUGCUGCACGGAGAGUGGCCGGCGAACUCGAAGACGAACGACGGAAGCGCGAAGCGAGCGACGCAGAGGUGCGCGCCCUGAGAGCGCAGAUCGCGCAGCUCCAGACCACCACGAACAACACUGUGUGGGCAGACGGACCCGCCAUCGACACUCCGGAGAUCGCUGCGCUAAAGCAGCAGCUAUGGACCGCGCAGGGCCAGGCAGCGACGGCGAAGAGAAAUCAAGAGACGAAUCAGCAGCUCGAGGCGCAAAUGCGCACACGCGAGCUGGAGGCUAAGCAAAAGCUGGAGAGCAUGCGGACACAAGCUGUCUUCAGUAACCACAAUGCCAUGGCGUCAGCAUCGAAGGCGAGGCACCAGUCGCAGUGGUCGUCAUCGCAGCGUCCCGGUGCUCCGACACCACUGCGCGCCUCUCCUCUGAAGGAGAAGACUAUGCGGACCCCCGCUCCCUUGACGCGUUCCGUGACGAAGGCCAAGGCGACCUCUAGGAAGAGGCAGCGAACGGAGGCGCCUCUGAGUCCGAGCUCGACGCCGAGGAAGGCUCACCAGUACUCGUCGCCCGUCGUGUCGCCGGUUCGAAGCCAAGGAGGGCACGUCGCUUCCGACGGCGAUGUCAGCAUGGACUGGCAACCAGACUUUGGAGGUUUCGAUGCCAGAGCGAACGUAGGCAGUACCGCAGUGAUUCUGGCCGAUCGAGAUACCAGAACGGAGCUACAGCACCACCUGCUGAGCCACAGCGCUUUCACGCCGAUAGCAACAUACAUCAAGGAUUCUCAGCCGUCCAUAUUUCGUCUCAUGACGAGCGAGCCGCUGCAAGAAGAGCUCGUCCCCGAGUGGCAGAAGCUAUGUAAUGGGCUCUUAGCGCUGAUCCACAAUACGACGCUGCCGUACGACGACGGCUUUUGCGAGCGUCUUUUGGGAACGUUAGUGCGCCUCGUCGAAAUUGCGGUGCACGCUACUUUCGUAGAGCAGCUCGAGGAAAUGCGGCACAUCGAAUUUUUCCUGACGACGGCGAAGGUGGAGACUGUGGACGGGUGGUGGAGCGCUGCCCUUGCUCGCCUCGGCGGGGACGCCAGAUCUUCCUGGGAGGAGGAGGUAGCCGACACUGUCGCCGAGCUGGGCGAGGCGCUGAGCUCGAACUGCCUAUCCGAGCUGAUUCUCAACCUCGCUCAGUCUGAGCGGCCAUUCGUUGUUGGCCGCGCGCUCGACCUGUUCACUGUGGCGGCAAUCCGUAAGCUGCCUGCCGUUCACAUGGAGCUAACACUUGCAGGUGACGAGUUCUUCCGUGCACUCCUCUUCCCUCGAGAGGGAUUCCAGGGCGGAGCGCCGGUUAUAGAUCGCGUCGCGCGGUUCCUCGUCUCGCCGCCACCGAGCAUGAGCAAGGACCAGAUCCACCGACACACCGUUGCGGUGCUGUCCGGCCUCUUCAUCCUCGCGCGACACAAUGCGGACGCAGUAGUUCUACUCGCCGAGCAGAGCGUACUAGUUACCUCGCUCCUGAUGUUGCUAUGCCGCGAGUCCGUCUCGAUCUGGGGCAUCCGCUCCGACCCCGUUGCACACGAUUCUCCCCACACUUCAACUCCUGCAUCAUCUAGUGUACCCCGCGCCUCUUCCGCGGCCAUCUUCGAGCCUCGCAACACCAACAAAGGAAGACGACGAGAUCACGCCACAGGGCGUAGACCUUGCGCGCAAACUGCAAGAACCGAGCGAGUGGACCGGCCUCAGCCACAUGUUCGUCUCAACGCUGGGCGGGAUAGCCUACGCCGAAGUCGACAUCGACGACGGCGCGUGGGCGUACGCCUCCCUCGUGCCGAAACAAGAACGCAGGCGGAAGAUGGACCUGAACGAUCUCAGGCUGAUGCAGUGUUAGGGACCGGUGAUCGACGAAAGCUAGAUUGUAGCCAGCAGCAAGCUGACACCCCAGUCCUCGCCCAGGAUCUGCUCGAGCGCGUUGUCGAGGGACCAGAGGGAGAUACAGUAUACGAAGUGUUUGCGGAGCAGGAGACGCAGCCGUCCCCCGAGCCCGAGGAGGAGGAGUAUGACGAGGAAGAACGGGUCAUGGACGCGUGGCCGGGAAUGGACGAGGAUUAG